AUGGAGGCUGCGGGCGCCGCCGCGGCGUGCUUCGGCGCGAUGAAUGCGGUGGCGCGGCCCGCGGGCGGGUUGGCGUCGGACGCAGUUGCGAGGAUGUUCGGGAUGCGUGGGAGGCUAUGGCUACUCUGGGCCGUGCAGACCGUCGGCGCGACACUGUGCAUGCUGGUCGGCAGGAUGGGCGCAGCGGAGGCAUCGUCGCUCGCGGCCACCAUGGCCGUGAUGGUGGCGUGUGCCGUGUUCGUGCAGGCCGCGUCGGGGCUCACCUUCGGCAUGCUGCUGUGCUCGCCGAGAUGCUACCAUGCUGCUCUCCUAUUUGCUAUGCUCUGCUUCUUGUGCUUCGCGCCCGUGCUCUCUCUUCUUUGA